CGCGCAGCCGCCCUGCGCCCGCCGUGUUUUAUGCAACCAGUUUUGCGUCGGAGCAACGGGUUGGUUGGUGUGGUUGGGUGUCGAGCGCCGCAGCGUUCGGCGGAGAGCAGCGGGGUUGUCAGAAAGGCGUGUGCUAUCUGUCACGGGCCUAGUGGCGAGUAGAAUUGCUGUCAAAACGUCAGUGAAGGGAGGCGCGUGUCCUCCGGCCAUUUUCAUCGUUUCAAAACGGCCUGCCAAGAGUGUGAAUUCCGCAUUGUGCUAAAAGGCGGUGUUUGCGUGUGCGCUCUCGCUGCGUUUUGCCCCCUUGUGCUCUCCGUUUCGAGGGUGGAAAAAUAGAUUGGUGUACGUGAUAAGUGACAGUGAAACGAACGAACGAACAAACGACUCGCGCCGAGUGCCCAGCCUACGUUCGCUGCCAACUACCGUAGGACCAGACUCCGUGAGAAGGCGAGGAGGCGAGGCGAGACGUACGCCGUAGGCCGCUGCCCCCCCCCCCCCCCCCUCCCUUCAGCCACCGCCGCUAUUACCACGCCGUGUUGAACGGAGGCAGCGGGCUUAUCGGCCGGCAGAAACGGAGUCAUGGCAGAGGAUGAGGUCUUGUUCGACGAUGUUUACGAGCUCUGUGAGAUUAUCGGAAAAGGGCCUUUCAGCGUCGUUCGAAAAUGCAAUCACCGUCAAACUCGUCAAACAUUCGCUGUAAAAAUCGUCGACGUUGCGAAAUUCACUUCCAGUCCUGGACUCAGCACAGCCGACUUGAAACGCGAGGCAACGAUAUGUCACAUGCUGAAACAUCCCCACAUCGUGGAACUCUUGGAGACCUACAGUUCCGAAGGAAUGCUUUACAUGGUGUUCGAAUACAUGGACGGAUCGGACCUUUGCUUCGAAGUUGUGCGUCGUGCUACAGCUGGUUUCGUCUACAGCGAAGCGGUUGCCAGUCACUACAUGCGGCAGAUUCUGGAAGCCCUUCGAUACUGUCAUGAGAACGACAUAAUUCAUCGGGACCUGAAGCCGCAGUGCGCGCUUUUAGCAGGUCGGGAAAAUUCCGCCCCCGUCAAGCUACGCGGAUUUGGCGUCGCGGUCCAGCUGCCAGCGUCGCAAACAAACGGCGUCGAGUGUUUCACGAGCGAGUAUCGGCGAAGUCUGAGCCCAAAGGGGCAGCUCUACUUGAAGGCCGACACCGAGGGACCGACUGCACCUCCAAGCAGCAAUUUCCCUUUCGAGGACCUGACAGAUGCGGAGGACUCGCUUGUCAGCGACACGGAGGAAAAAAUCGCAGGACGAGUCGGAUGUCCACACUUCAUGGCACCGGAAGUUAUUCAACGACGACAGUACGGAAAGGCUGGAGAUGUUUGGGCGGCUGGAGUUCUUCUCCACGUUCUCUUGACCGGCAGCUUACCCUUCAUCGGGGCUCGUGAUCGUCUGCGCGAAGCCAUCUGCAGGGGACGUGUACAGAUGGAGACGCCAAUUUGGGACACGAUUAGCGAAACCGCCAAGGAUCUACUCAGGAAGAUGCUCUGUACCGAUUUGAACCACAGAAUCACGAUUCAAGAAGUUCUGAACCACAAAUGGCUGAGAGACCGUGACAAGGGUGCGGCGCGAACACAUUUAGGAGGCACAAUAGAAGAGCUGAAGAAAUUCAACGCAAGACGGAAACUGAAGGAGGCGGUAAUAGCCGCUGUCUCGUCUCCAAAGUGGCACACUCACUACCCGGAGACGAAUACCGACAGUUUUUCAGACGUCGGCGACGACGAACUUACCACCACAGGAGCCGUUGCGGAAAUUCUAGACUCGCUCGACGGCAUCGAAAUACUCCAGGAAAGUGCCAAACUUUCGCGAAAUGAGAUUUUAGCCACCGUUGAUGAUCUUACACUUCGAGCAAUAUUGGAGCUGUACGACAGAAUCUCGAGCAGAGUUCCUACGCCGACAAGAGCGCCACCCACCGACGCUGUGCAACGUGCUCGUGAGGUCGAAGAGGUUCUGAGAGAAGCAGAGCUGACAGCAAUGAGAAACGUCGAUCGUGCCGAUCUGCGAGAGCUCCGGGAUCUUCUGGUCCAGCCGCAUCUCAGGGCGCUGCUACAAGCACAUGAUGUGGCAGGACACGAUGUCUAUGGCGAAGACGCGACGAGAGUUACGCCUCCACCUCUUUUUCCUUACCUGAACGGAGGCGACGAUCUCGAGGGGCAAAACGGUGACCUAGACCUUGAAAACGUCACACGCGUUCGCUUGGUACAGUUCCAGAAGAACACUGACGAACCAAUGGGAAUCACGUUGAAAAUGAACGAGGACGGUAAGUGCGUCGUGGCGCGUAUAAUGCAUGGCGGGAUGAUCCACAGACAAGCAACGCUUCACGUCGGGGACGAGAUCAGGGAAAUCAACGGAGUUCCAGUCGCCAAUCAAUCGGUCAACGCGUUACAAAAAAUUCUUCGAGAGGCGAGAGGAUCGGUGACCUUCAAGAUAGUGCCGUCGUACAGGAGUGCGCCGCCCCCCUGCGAGGUACAAUUGUUCAGGAUUAGGCCUCUGCCAGUGUUAAUUUUUGUACGAGCCCAGUUCGAUUACGAUCCCCUGGAGGAUGAGCUGAUCCCCUGCGCGCAAGCGGGAAUCGCCUUCAAGACCGGGGAUAUCCUGCAAAUCAUCAGCAAGGACGAUCACCACUGGUGGCAGGCCCGAAAGGACAAUGCCGCCGGAUCCGCGGGCCUCAUACCGUCGCCAGAACUCCAGGAAUGGCGUACCGCCUGCGUGGCUAUGGAGAAAACAAAGCAGGAACAAGAAGCGGAAGGGGAAGGAGGAUGCUCGUCUCAUGCCGAGGGCUGCGACGGUUCCACAGUAAAUUGCUCAAUAUUCGGCCGGAAGAAGAAGCAGUACAAGGAUAAGUAUCUGGCGAAGCACAACGCGGUUUUUGAUCAGCUGGAUCUGGUCACCUACGAGGAGGUCGUCAAGCUCCCUUAUCCCGCCUUUCAACGCAAGACUCUCGUAUUGCUCGGCGCGCACGGCGUUGGUCGUCGGCAUAUCAAAAACACCAUCAUCGCCAAGCACCCCGACAAAUACGCCUAUCCCAUUCCGCAUACAACGAGACCGCCACGAAACGACGAAGAAAAUGAACGCAAUUAUUACUUCGUAUCGCACGAUGACAUGAUGGCUGAUAUUGCUGCGAACGAGUACUUGGAAUACGGGACGCACGAGGACGCGAUGUACGGAACGAAGCUGGAGACUAUUCGCAAGAUUCACGAGGAAGGCAGGAUGGCGAUUUUAGACGUAGAGCCACAGGCACUAAAGGUGCUGCGCACCGCCGAAUUUGCACCCUACGUCGUCUUCAUAGCUGCGCCAGUCCUGCAGAACCUUGCCGAUUACGACGGUAGUUUGGAGAGACUGGCGAAGGAGUCGGACAUGCUGAGGCAGGCGUACGGGCACUUCUUCGACCUGACCAUAGUGAACAACGACAUCGAGGAGACGAUCGCUUCCCUGGAGGCGGCGAUCGAGCGAGUCCACACUACACCCCAAUGGAUUCCAGUCUCCUGGGUCUACUGACAGCGGAGUUCGCCGACGAGAGCGAUCUACACAGAAUACAACGGCUUCAACGGCCCCGCUAAAACGGGCAAGCAGUGAUUAGGCGACACGACGCGAAUACGGACUAAUCAAUCGCCACGCAGUGCCGCGUGGAACAAUCAAUCAAAUAGUAGCCAAGCGACACGUAUCGGGACCUUAGACCAAUCAAAUGACGUCACCGCAAUGCCGAAUGCGGUGGCAGUGACCGCGUGUUCAUAAUAUUAUUACUUAAACGUACAUAUACGUAUAUAUGUAUAUGUUAUGCAUUAUUUAUACACAAACACACGAACACAUACACACACAUACACACAGUCACAGACACCAAACGUGCAUGUAUAUAAUAAUAUAUUUCCGAUCGAUCAGCGAGGACGUUAGUCUUGUUAUACCUAAUGAUUGAGACGAAGAGAAGGAAAAUGGAGAAGCUAAUUGCGGAGCCAAGGAUAUAUCUAUACCAAUCUUCUUUCGUAAAUCAACGUAGCUGCGAACAUUUUUACCCUUCGGGAAUUUUUUUGCUUCCCGACUUCUUCCGGACUCGAUCAUUUAUACCUCCCAUGUUUGUUUGGUUUUUUUUUUCCUAUUUCACUUUCCUUUUUUGCACCGUGAGAAGGAAACAAAAUGCUUGGAAGCUUUUUCUCCUGUUUCUUAGGAAAGACUUGGCAUUUCAGCCGAAAUAUAAUGGACUCGUAGCUCAAGAUGAGAGUAGAUAACCGUCGUAUCGGAAAGCUUGUCCUGAAUCAGUCGGUAAUAUUUCAGGGCUCCGUCACUCUCGCGAUCCUCUUUAGUUCGGAUCAACGGCUUAAUUUGACUGAUCUCUUGUCAUGAAAUGAAUCGUAUCUAUAAACAUUCUAUUUCUUGUCAAGUCUUUCAAGUUUGAAAUUAUUCAGCACACAUGUCGACGAUAAAUAGAUUUUAAGGAUAAUUGAGGAAGUAAAAAUUUUGGGGAAUCUUGCAAUAAUUUUUAUAAAAUACUAAAUUCUGAAAAGUUUUGUCUUUGAAUAUCGUAGGCAAUCAACUGGAUUGGAAUAAUUAUAAUUUCUUCCUUGGAAUAUAGUUGAACUAUUUUCCUUCUGAAUUCGUCGACGAUAAGAAUGGCUCUGCGAGUUGUGUGUCGAACAAUCGCAGUUCGUCAGGUCGAAAGAAUGGCUGAUUAUCGAUUAAAAUGUUUAAUAAUGAAGUUUAAGAAUUGAAGGUGAUGAAUUUCGAUAGUAACGGUAGCUGCUUGCGGCAAGCGUUUCUAUCGCCCCUAAUAAAGCCAGAAACACCUGGUUUGCAUACCCUCGUACAAACGCAUAAUCGAAAUAUCGAACUAAACGCGGUUAUAUAGAAGUUUAUAUAACAUAAAUCAAGUAAAUAGAUAGAUUACCAGUCUAUAAUAAUUAAUAACAAAAUGGAAAAUAUAAAAAUAAAAAUUUAACGUUAAAACAGA